GUUGUGACGCAAUCGUUAGCCUAUUUUUACAAAGAAAUCCAUCGUGUUUAUUAAUCCUUUUGUGAGUAAUUUCACGCAACCCCUGCACGUUACAACAGCGUCAGUUCACCAUUUUAGCGAUGCUGAGAUAAAAUUACCUGAGUUUAAGUUUGAAGAACUUACGGCGACGCUAUCUUGAUGUUUUCAAGUGGAGGUGACGUAUUUCCGGUUCGAGAGUGGAGCUCCACUCGCUCAAGGUCUGCAGCCAGACCCUUCUCGUCUUGCAAACAGGGAUGACGUAUCGCAGCAAUGGCUCUAAGCGGCCAGUGAGGCGUCUAGGUAUCAAUAUGUCUAUGCGUUAAACAUCAAGGCAGAAGAAGAAGAUUCGGCUCUCCCAGACGGGAGUCGGCUCUUCUCGUUCGCUACAAAUAAUGGGCUUUCGUGCCGGCUCGUUCGUGUACGACUCAUCACUAUUUUAGAAUAACGGAUGCAACGAAUUUAUCUUCUUCGUAGUUAUGAGUGGUACAACUAAACCGUAAUGAUGCUUCCUUGUUGGAAAAUAUAUUCAGUGACACUGCUGUUUCAUCUGUUGUUGUUUUUCUUCAUCUGCCUCAGAAUAUCAGGUGUAAAGGUAAUUGGUGAUGCAACAGUCAUAUAUGGGGAAAACAUCACUUUGUCUUGUCAGCUGACUGACUCUGAAGACCAACUAACUAGUAUAAUAUGGAAGAAAAAGACACGGGAAAACCCUAAGGAGAUGUUUUUCUUUUCCAUUCGCCCUGGUGACAAAACUGAACACUCAAAUGGAUUGGGUAACAGAGUACAAUUUAUUGGAAACUUUGCAGAGAAAAAUGGAUCAAUUCAGCUGCUCAGAAUGAGGCUUCUGGAUGAAGGGAUCUACACAUGCAUCUUCAACUUAAUUAAUAGUGGGCCAUUUGAGACCAACAUCAAUGCCACAGUUUUUGUUCGUCCUGUGGGUACCAUGAAAGGGGAGGCACCUGUUGCUGGAGAUUUAGAGGUGAUGUUGGCAUCAUGCUUUGCCUCUAAUGCAAGGCCUGGAGCAGAAGUGAUGUGGAGAUUAGGAGAUCUGGAAAACUCUCUGAGGACUGAAACCAAUCAGACAGUGAACCCCAAUGGGACCGUUACAGUUGUGUCCUACCUAUUUGGUAUCCCUCUCAAACAUUUUAACAAGAAGAACGUCCAGUGUGUGGUAAAACACAAAACCCUGGGAGAGGAGCUUGUGCUGAACUACACAAUAAACAUUCACUAUCCUCCAGAGUCGGUGGUGAUAAUUCCUGACAGUCUAACAAAUGCCAAAGAAUUCAUAUGUACAGUGGAUAGUAACCCAGAACCUAACGACUACAUCUGGACUAGAAAGAAUGGAAGUGCUCCUAAUUAUAAAGGCAACAGACUUCUUGUCCCAAAACUGUCCCCCGACUUUAAUGGCUUGUACAUCUGUUUUGCUAAAAACAAAUAUGGAAGUUCAUUAGGUUCUCUGUAUUUCAAUGUUCAUAAUGAAUCCAGCAAUGUCUGUUGGGGUCUGUUUGGUUUUUUGAUCUGCUGUGGUGUUCUUGCUGCUGUUGUUGGUGCGAUAUUCAAAUUCAAGCCGGCAUGGAUUCCAGUAUUGCUGCAUCCCAAUGACGAAGGACCACAGGACACUGGAGGACUCUAAACAGGACAUAAGAUAGCUGUGAUGAUCAGGAUGAAAAUGAGGAAUGACGAUUUUCCGGUUUAGAGACAGUGAAAGUUGUAUGCAGUCAGCACUCCACCUGGAAGCAGAUGUCCCCAAUGACAAGAUGUGCCUUUGUCUAGAGAGAAGAAUACAGACUGGAACAAACCAAAUUUUUUAAGGACUGGUAAGAGGAGGAUUCAGAGUAAAAUCACCUGUUUUCAGCUGACAUGAAGGAAGAUCACAUACUAGAUCUCACAAAAGACUAGAGAAGCUCCCUUAAAUAUAAGGUAUCAAAUUAAAUUGAAGGUAGAUUUUGAUGAAGUGGAAAGUACCUAUUCAAUAUGAAGGGGGAGUGAUAUUAUAUUUCAAGCCUGCAAAAGUCCCUUAAAAAAAAGCAUCAGGUACAGAUCUCCAGAGCUUUAAAAUCUAAGGAAAGCUAGGGAAAUCUAGAAUGACUAGCAGUCAGUAAGGUUGCAUAGUUGUCUGCGUCUGUAAAGUUUUAGCUCAGUAUUCCUAACUAUAUAUAUA